GUUGUUUGCAUAUUCGUGACAAGUAACGGGUACGUAAAUGUCAUCCAACCAAUGCUCAACAAGCACAAUAUAUUUAAAUGGCAUCGUUAAGCAAUUUGAAAGAAAUUCCUUCUUUGUCGUCGCCAACGAGUGCUGGACAGCGCUAUAAUUAUAUUUCUGAAUUAGAUCAAUAUCCAAUAAUUAAUUUAAAGAACGAGCUAAUUAAUCCAUCAGCUAAUCGCAUCACAAUCGGACACAGCUUCAUACCGGUCGAAACGGAAAGCGUGCCAAAGCGUAUUUCGCGCACCUUUUUCGAUGGCGGCUUUUGGGAAUCUUUGGCGGAGGCGCGAAGCGAAAAAACCCGCGAACAGGCGCCACUAAUAAGUAAAACAGCUGACUCCAUUGCAUAUCUGCUGGAUCUCUAUAACAAAAUUAAACUGAAAGUAUUUCCGCACACACAGCAACUGAGUGCAGAGCGAAUUGCUCAGUAUGCCGAGACGAGAGACUGGAUAAACAGUUCUGUGCGCUACAUUGCGUGGCAUGUUCAUCUUUUCAAGCUAGCCGUAGCCGGCGUGGAUGACGUCGUGCGCAUCUAUGGCAGAACAACGGAUAAUAAUGCCGGCAUGGGCCACGUUCUGAAGAGUCCAACACAAAGUCAGAUCACAUGCAUGGCCUGGCGACCGUUGUGCGCCUUUGAGCUGGUGGUUGGCUGUAGCCAGGGCUUGUGCUUUUGGAUAAUUGAUAAUAAUCUGCAUCUGGGUCGCACCAUCAAUCCCAGCCACACAUUGAAACAUCCGGAUAAUCUGCCCAUUAGCUCCUUGAAGUGGAACAAGGAUGGCACACUGCUGGCCAGCUCUUCUAUUGGCGAUCGCGCCAUACUCAUUUGGCAUCCGGAUAGCAAAAGGAUGAAGCCACUGAAGCGGCUCGGUCCGCCUGGCUCGCUGCUCAGCUGGUCGCCAGGCAACGAGUGGAUUUUUGCGGCAACUGUAGAUCGCGUAUUCCGGGUGUGGAAAUGUCACGAUAAAUGGACUUCGGAUCGUUGGGUAUGCGACGGCGGAAACGUUCAGGCCACUUGUUGGUCGCCCUGCGGUCGGUUUUUGCUUUUCGUAAACACUGCAGAUCCUAUCUUGUAUCGUCUUCAGUUCGUGCAGUUACAUCUUAUGACUUCAAAAUCGGAUGACAGGGAAGUGAUGCCGGUUGCCGAUCUGAACGCAUGCAGCCUGGAUAGCAUCAAUCACACACUCAUUGGAGGCACUGCCCAACAACUGGCAUGGGAUCCGCAUGGCAAAUAUAUUGUGAUAACAUUUAAGUCAACUAAUUCUAUAGCCAUCUUUCGCACCUAUAUUCAAAAGUAUGAUCUGCAAAUAUCGGGUGGCUACUAUUUAAAUGGCCAAUCACUUUCGGAGUAUCCCAGCUUCAUUUGCUUUCAGCCAUUAAACAAGGAUAACGAUUGCUCGGUGCUAACCAUCGGCUGGUCGAGUGGUCGCAUACAGUUCUAUGCCUUAGAUUGAUAGA